AUGCAACAAAAUUCGGAGCUUCUAUCUGGGCGUGCCAAAACGACAACAAACAACAUCGCCACUAUGAAGCGGCGCUCACUGUCCGGGAACUGCGGCGUUGGCGUGUUUGUGAUCGCGCUCGUGACGGUGUUGGUCGCUUUUGCCACACCGAGUUGGCUGGUAAGCGACUACCGGAUCACCGGUGCCAAGCUCGAUCGGUUGGGCCUGUGGACACAUUGCUUCCGGUCGCUGCCCGACGUAAACGAUGACUACCAGCGGCGGUUCUUCGUCGGUUGCCGCUGGGUGUACGAUCCCUUCACGACCGGAUACGAUGAGAUUCGCGGAUUCCUUAUCCCACCGUUUAUGGUAGCGACGCAGUUUUUCUACACGCUCUGUGCCAUAGGCGUUAUCCUGGCGAUGGUGUUGGUGCUGCUGUACUUCCUGUGUGCCGGACCGGAUCAAAAGUUCUUUGUCAAACUCAUCAGGGCAAUCAGCUACAUCACGCUGGCGGCAUCGGUUUGCGGCAGCAUCGGUGUCAUCGUGUUCGCAUGCUUCGGCAACAAGGACAAAUGGAUGCCAGAGCACGCCAACAACUGGUUCGGAUGGUCGUUCAUCCUGGCUUGCAUCGGUGUCGUGGCCUGCGGCGUCUCGUCUUCCCUGUUUUUCACCGAGGCACACGUACAAGCCCGAAAGCGGCGACAGCUGAAGGAAUCGCAAACGCAGAUCCAGAUGGACAGCGAAUCGAAAGCUUAAUGCUGGCUGGCGACCCGCACCCAGCGUCCAACGCAACUGUACACAUCAUGUAUCGCACAAAAUCCGCGCCCGUCGAUCCAUUCCAAAAAAAAAAAUCCCAUCGAUCGAUCAAAUUCAUUAUCGCAAAGUACAACAGUUAACAGCGGUUGGGGGUAUGAUUGACACAGGCCGCGCGGAGAUGCAGAUUGACCAUGUACACUGCCGCGAAUAGGAGGCAGGAGCGGUCGAUACAUUUUAACGAAUAAGCGACGAUUAGUUAUCUAACGUAAUCUCAAUCAACAAACCGUCCAUGCCGAUGCUUUAGGAGUGUCUUCUACUUUUUAGAAAAGCAGUUCGUUCGUAGUAAUCUUAUAUUUUUACGCUCUUCGGAAACUGUCCGUCCAAUUUUUAACCUUUAUCGUACGUAAUUUUAAUUGCCUGUGCUCUGUUGCAUGUUUAAAAUGGAAUAGAGUAACGACCGGAAUACGAAAACCCGCGUUGGUCCUUGCCGUAUGUUUUGCGGUAAUUCUCAAUCAAUGAUUCGAAUCAUGCAUUUGUGUUACUGCAGCGUUAAAAGCUCACACAUUCCAUCAUUCAGCACAAACAAUGCGUUCUACAAUAGACGGCCCACGUUGAGCGUGUUGUACAGUUUUGAAAACGUUUGUGUAAGUUUGCGUAUCCUUCGAAUAAUUUCAUAUCAUGAAUUUUUAGCUCUCGGUACAACGAAAAACUACAUAUAUAGAGUGAACAUAUGGCCUUACUAGAAAAAAAUCAAACAGACAUAAAAAUAUUGAGCCUGAUUACUUUUUUACUACCGAUUCUGAGGGAAAAAAAUCAAAAUAAGCGAAACGUGUUCAGGAGGGGCUGGAGAGUUUUUAAAUAACAAUCAAAUUUAUUAAUAAUGAAAUAAAUUCUAGACGAAAAAUCUU